AGUUGUUUUAAAAUGUGUCUGGCCGAACCGGAAGGAACGCAGGUACACCGAUCCAGCCAUCAUUAAGAAGAAACUUUCUUGUGUGACGAAUUGAAGAUGUUUGAUAAAUCUACAGCCUUCGUCUUCACCGUGCUGGUGAUAUCUGCACAAGGAUUCUCCGUUUCCGGUGCAAAAGAAAGACGUUCACUGGGCGACAACAGUAAAGACGCUACAGGGACCGGUAUUUUUGGGGCCGACAGUGAACCGCGACUUCUCCCGGCACCCAGCACGGAUGGAGAUGAUGACGUGGAGUAUGAAGUCCCUCAUACCGUGAACACAACAGAAGGUCCCUCUAGUGGCGGCAGAAGUGGGACCUCCGCAGCUUACGGUGGAGGAAGAGCAAGAAGCAGACCGUUGCCUGAAAGAAGCCGAACGGGAAGAAUAAGAGAUGCAGCUGAAGAGAGACGGGGAAGAGGCGGAUCGAAACAAUUAUUAUUCCCUAGAGACAGUUUGGUGUUAAGACAAAGACGUGAAAGUGAAAAUGGAAGUGACAGCAAAAGUGAUAAUCAUGAUAAUGAUGAUAACAAUGAUGACCAAGAAGAUGACGGCGAUUACGAUGAUUUUGAAGACGAGGAUGGUGAUACGUUGCACAAACAAGGGCGAAGAGGAAUGCAACCGAGACCAGGUUCUGGGGGACCAAGACGUUUCCCAGGAAGAGGGUCCCGCGGGAAACACGCUGGGUGCUUCUGGUGGACGUACCCGCGAACCCCACAGCCGACCCCGGGGGAACCGGAUGGGGGUGAUGAUGGUGGCGAUGAGGAUUAUGAUUAUUCGCGGUACACGAGAAGAAGAAGAAAUAAGAAAGCACAGAAACAAAGAAUGAGGCGUAAGAAGAAGAAGACGAUAACAGAAGAGGGGUCCAUACAGAAGAUAUCCCACAGCUAAACAGCAAGCUGGAAGCAAACCUAAAUGUUGCCCCAAGCUGCCCUACCCAGAACCCCAAAUAAAAACAGUCAGAAUUUCUCAAAACAUCGCCCCACUUACUAGCACGUGGUUGCAAGGCGCUGGGACGGAGCGCGUCAUCCCCUUUAUUUUCGUUGUGCUGCAACAUGUUUACAUUUCUCUCAAUCAACGGUCACCACAUGAAGACAGAGAGCAGAAACUAAUUUUAAUUCAACAAAAUAAAGACAAAAACGAAAGGGGUUGUAAAAAAUGCCGCAUCUAAAACAUCGCGGCCGUUCUGAUCACCUGUCCUCUCGAGUCCGCUCUGACAGCAGCGGUAACACCGAUACCUGUCCAGCUCCAUGGAGCUGGGCUCGAGGCUAUUAGUUUAAGCAGUCACUCAAAAAUUUCCCAGUGUAUUAUGGAAACCGUGCCCACAAGGGCCCGCCAAUGAUCCGUAUCCUGAGCCAGAUGAAUCCAUCCAUUUCUUUAGAAUACAUUUUUUUAAUAAUAUUCUUCCAUUUAUGCACAAGUCUUCAGGUUUUCGUAUUAUAACAUUACAUGGACGUCUCUCUCAUGCGUGCUGCAUGCCUUUCCAUCUUAUCCUUCCUCAUUCGGUCAAUCUAACAAUGCUCGGCUAGCAGUACAUAUUAACGAUGAUAAAAAAAAAUUAACACGUGUGUAAUGUGUACGUGGGCAGACAGACACUCUGGGCCCCACUCAGCCUCCUAUCCAAUGAGUACCGGGGGUAAAACGGCCGGGGCGUGAAGUUCAACACUCACCUCCAAA